AUGUCGGAAGAAGUGAAACGAGUGGCAGUGAUUGGUGCUGGCAUAUCUGGGCUAUCUACUCUCACGAAUCUUCUCUCAUUGGACCGGAAGUACAUCCCAACAUGUUUUGAGAGAGGAAGUGACGUAGGUGGUGUAUGGCAGUACAACGAAAAUACACACACGGACGAGUACGGAAUGCCCGUGUUUUCCAGCAUAUACCGUGAUCUAAUAAGUAACUUACCAAAGCCAAUGAUGGAAUUUCCGGACUUCCCAAAUACGGAUCCGGAUAACGACUCGUCAUUUAUGCACAGGGAGGACGUUAUGAACUAUAUUAAGCGUUACGCGGACCAUCACGAUCUCGGGAAAUUUAUCAGGACGCACACUUAUGUGACCAACGUGUGUCCUAACAGUGAAGAGAGGUUUCCCGAAUGGACUGUAUCAUAUUACGACGUUCGGAAUAAAGAACCACAACAAGAUGUGUUUGAUGCAGUAUUCGUAUGCACCGGACAUCAUCAUACACCAUAUAUACCGGAUAUUGAAGGAGUGGAGGAGUUUCAAGGGGAGAUCAUCCACAGUAAGAAUUAUAGAAUUCCUGAGAGGUUUACGAACAAGAGGGCCGUUAUACUCGGAGCAUCUUUCUCUGGAACUGAUUUGGCUACCGGGAUAUCUCCAUACGCAAAACAGAUUUUCCUGAGCCAUAUAAAAGAGCGGUUGAAGUCAGUCUUUCCUGAAAACAUCAUUGAGAAACCUGGAAUAAAGCGGAUGACUCGUACAUCUGUGGUAUUCCUAGAUGACACGGGAGAGGAAGUUGAUGUUUUAUUGUUUUGUACCGGAUAUAGUUACAACUUUCCAUUUUUAAGUGAUGACGUCAUCAACGUUAAUGGAAACAAAGUCAUGCCUCUAUAUAAACACGUGGUACAUGUAAACCAUCCCAAUUUAUUGUUUGUUGGAAUUCUUAAAAAUGUUUCAUACUUCAUUGUGAUAAAUGUUUCAUCGAAAUUUGCUGUUGCUGUGUUAAAUGGCGACAUCAGUCUUCCGUCUGAAACGGAUAUGCAAAAAAUUGUAGAUGAAUAUUUUGAAAAAGGAAAGGAAAGAGGUGAAAAACCACAUACUUUCCAAACCAAUGACCAAAUGUGGGAAUUUGAACAAGAUCUUUCGAAAAUGGCAGGGAUUCAGCCCUGUCCCAAAGCAUUUGAAUUGAUUCGCGCAUAUCUGAUACAAGAAUGCACAUACAACCUUACAACUAUUCGAGAUAAAAAGUUUAAAAUUUCAGACGAUAAGGAAUCAUUCCAGGUUCUUAAUUAA